AUGGCAAGACCGGAGUCUUCUCGUCGAUUUCAAACCCUGCCCCAACAGCCGGGCGCGGCAGCAGAGUCGAGUCCACUGGGGGCAGCUCAGAAUGUUGCCGCGUCAGCAUCGAGCAAGGCUAGAGCUCUCCAGGCUCUUCUCUUGAGGACCUCUGACACGAUUGGAACGGCCCUCUUCAGAGAGGACAGCCGCAUCAUUGAUCAAAGCGCCUGGCUAGACGAAUGCACUGUCACCCACGUGGGGCAAGGCGGAUCCUUCCUCGUCCGACGGAUGGAACCGAAGUCAUAUCCGCCUCCAAACACCGUCUUGACAGAUCACAAAGUAUUUAUUGUGAAGUCAAUCAGCGUAGAUGCAGAAGUGUCCGACGACUCGACACUCUGGGACGCGAUUGAUAUUGAAGUGAGGGCCCUGUUACACCCGCCCUUUCGCUCUCACAGAAAUAUCGUCACCUUGGUUGGCCUCAUCCUCGACCCGUACCGGCAAAGUGCCACAUAUUUCCCUGACCUCGUGCUAGAGCAUGCCACUCAUGGAUCUCUUGCGGAUUUCCAAGCCUCCAAAGAUGACCCUCUGCCAAUGAGGACCAAGUUGCAGCUAUGCUUGGACAUAUCCCGCGGUCUGCGCAUUCUUCACGAGUGCAAUGUUGUGCAUGGCGACCUGAAAAGCGAGAACGUGCUCGUUUUUGAUGAUGGAACAGGAGGAUAUCUCGCGAAACUUGCUGACUUUGGAAGCUCCUUCCUUGAAAGCAGCAAUCUUGCCACUGCGCUAAAGGUGGUCACUAAGCCCUGGGAGGCGCCCGAAUAUGCCACAACAAUGAGUGCUGAGUCUUUGAAACUGACCGACGUUUACAGUUAUGGCCUUCUUUUCUGGAGAACUGUGAUGGAUGGCAAGAAUCCCUUCACUUUGGCACCAUUAUGGCUGACCGACAUUCGGGCCAUGGACGAUUGUAAGCGGAAUAGCCAUUUUUCGCACAAGGCUGUAGAGGUGCUCCAAUCGUAUAUCCCAUCUUCUGUGUAUGAAGAACUCGACGUCUGCAAGUCAGUGUUUGACUGUACGCUGCAAUUCGAUCCACGUUACCGGAAUAUGGAUCGAGCAUAUGCCAUCCUUGAGCGUAAAUUGUCGGGGACAGAGAACCAAUUUCCAGACGUGCGGUCCCUAGCAGGCGCUCUUCCGCAAAAUGAAAACGUUCAGCCGGUGACGUUACCGGACCCUGCUUUCGACAUCUACGAGCUUAGUCACAGGCUUUCUUGGGACGUACAGGUUCAAUUUGUAGAACAUUUUGAAGAGAUUGCCAACGUACCAGAACGCGCAGCUUCCUCUCAGUCCAUGUCUGUAAGAGGGGCUAGCUUUGCGCUCUUCAGAUGCUACCUUCACGGCUUCGGGGUCAUGGUCGAUGUAAAACAAGCCUGCUUCUGGCUUACGAAGGCGGCUCAAAAGGAGCAAGAAAUGGCACUGCCAUUACUAUGGCGCUUCCACGAUGCGCUGCGUUGCCCACUGACGAUAUCUUGGCGCGAAGUCAUGAUGAUCCUCAAUCUCGCGGUGUCACGAGGGUACAAAGAUUGCAUGAAAGACAUGGAACGCAUGUGGGAAACAUUGACAGAAGAAGAAAGGGGGGAGGCGGGGAGGCCCUGGGUCAAAGCACAACAGCUAUACCGCACAUUUGGCUGCGGUGCGGGACUGACGUGUUUUCUUGAGAGAAAUAUCCGACAGAAUUUCCACAUAUUCGAUCCGGAACAGCUGGUUCAAGAGCUAGACGCGAGUCCCCAGUCAGUCAGUCAGGUUGUUGUCAAUAACUUGGGCCAUGGCAUUCUUCACUACGCGGCUGCCAGCGGCGCAGUUGAAGCCGUCGAGUUACUCUUGGAUGGCUACAAUUGUGAUAUCAACAGCCUUAGCACGGAUGGCGAAACCCCACUCUAUUGUGCUUGUCGCUCAGGCCAUUUCGAAACGACACAGGCACUCCUACACCGCGCGGCCAAUCCGUGCCUCGGCACCCAUGCUGGAGCAACCCCUCUCCACUGGGUAUCUCAGUUCGAUGAAGACAAAGUCAGACUCGUCGUUGAUGCGCUAAAAUGCGCAGGAGCGAACCUCGAGGCGGAGGGUGGGGUACCAAAUUCGGGUCCGGAAGGGAUUCAUAAUCCCGCGGGAACGGCACUAUUACGUGCGGUGGGGAAAAACAGCCUAGCAGCGGUUCACGCUCUCCUGGCCGCCGGGGCGGAUCCAUUAGCAGGCGGGAGGCUUACCAGCCCGAUUGCAUUUGCUGCUCUUCUUUUGCUCCCGUCGAUCUUGGAUACUCUUCUCACAUAUGUCGGAGCUUAUCGGGGGCCGGAUUCGCUGCUGGACAGGCUACCACGCUUGGACGAGAUUAUCGGCAUUGGCAGUGCUCGAAGCAUGCACAUUGAAAAUCGUGUGACGCUCUUGGGACAUCUCUUUCGUUCCAAUGUCUUCGAUACCUUUGCAAUUUUUCGACGUCUUCCCCUAUCUUUGUGGACUCAGAGGGACUGGCAAUCGAAGCUUAGCACGGCCUGGAAUACUGGCUACGAGGAUAUCGUGGAAGCAGCUUUGUACCAUUUCCCUCCAAGCUCAAGCCAAUUAGUCGGCCCUCUUCAAAAGGCAGUUCUGAGAAAUCACGAACCCAUGGUCAAGAUACUCCUCGACUUCGGGGCAGAUGUCCAGAUCCCUUUCGAAGACAGUCAGGGUCGGAGAUUUACGCUCCUACAGCUUCUUUGCCAGAGGCUACCGAAUAUUAGACAAGGUAUCGGCGUCGCCAAAUUCCUCAUUGAUCGUGGCAUUCGGAUCGAAACCGCAUCAGGAGGCACGUGGCCCGCUCUCUCGCUUGCCAUUCUGGCGCGAAAUUUUGAUUUGGCAGACUUCCUGCUCACGCGAGGCGCCGAUAUCAAUCGAAUUUUGGAGACGGAAUACGCUCUGCCCGGGCUCCCGGGGCCCAUUAACGUGACCAUCUUUGGACGUGCAGCGUGGAUCAAGAAGGAAGAGGACGUAGGUUCUUUCAGAUAUCUCAUAGAUAAGAUCAAGUCCCAAGACACGCCACCUUCCUCCCGUCCAUCUUUCUUCAUCGGUUCGUCCAAUGCAAUCACCAUCUUCCACGCCGUGGCUAUGAUUUCAUCCAGAUCCUCCCCCGGUGUCAUUGGCACCGCUACGAGAACCAUGAUGGAUCUCCUGCUUGCGAUACGAGAGUUCAAUGUAAGAGAGAAGCUAGACCACGCAGGAGAAGUGGGGAUUACAGCGCUCCAUGUUGCAGCGAUGUCCGCCAACGACGAAGCUGCAAUUGCACUGCUCGAAAACGGGGCGGACCCGAACCUCAUCGCCAUGGGGCACUUUACCGCGCUGGACAUAUUGCUCCUCACGCCGCGCACGGCUCCGCUUGAUGCCCAAGCCGCGGCAGCUUUGAGGGAUCGGAUUUCGAUUAUUGAACGGAAUAUUAGAGUGUGUGGUGGUAGAAGAGAGACACUGGGAAGCUCUGCACAGCAACCGCUAGUGUGA